CUUUAACCUUCAAAUGCUCUUGCGUCCGUGCUUCCCUUUGUGUGACUUAAGUAUACAACUGUUCAUUAUUCACCCAACCUAUUGCUCAUUCCCAUAUAAGUAAAGAUUCUUCUGGAGGCAAAUUAUUCAUAGUUACGCAUAUACUCUUUUUUUCAAGUUAGCCUUUCAAGGCAAACUAAUCAUUGCAUGGCUAUAAUGAGCAGUAUGCAAAGCACUGUAGCCUUCAACUUUAGAUGUUCAAAUCUCAUCAUUUCCCUCAUAUUAGCGUGCUUGUUAGUGUCUCCAUAUGUGGAGUUUGUCAAACUCAGUCUGGCCACUGAAGUUUCCAGCAUUACAUGCAUUGACACAGAGAGGAAAGCACUUCUCACCUUCAAACAAGGUCUCACUGAUCCUUCGGGUAGACUUUCUUCUUGGACAGGUGAAGAUUGCUGCCAAUGGAGUGGCGUCGGAUGCAACAACGUGUCAGGACAUGUCAUCAAGCUCGACCUCAGGAACCCAUUUCCAUCCAGCAGCGGUGGUGUUGCUUCAAUGGCACAAGGUGACACGACGGCCUAUGAAAGGUCAUGCUUGGGCGGUGAGAUAAACUCUUCUUUGCUUGAAUUGAAAUACUUGAAUUACUUGGAUUUAAGCCUGAAUUAUUUUGAAGGAAUUCCCAUUCCCAAGUUCUUUGGCACGAUCAAGAACUUGAGGUAUCUCAAUCUCUCUUCUGCAUCAUUUGGCGGAGAGAUUCCACCUCAUCUUGGGAAUCUGUCGAGCCUGAAUUAUCUUGACCUCUAUGCGGAUUCAUUGAUAAAUUGGGACAUGGGGGAAUUAAGCUCUGCAAGCUUGCAGUGGCUCUCAACUCUCUCUUCUUUGAAGUAUCUUAACAUGCGAAAAGUGAAACUCAAUGACGUUGGAGCAGGUUGGCUGCAGGCAGUCAACAUGCUUCCUAACCUCAUGGAGUUGCACUUGCCUUGGUGUCAUCUUCAGAGUCUUCCCCUCUCGCUCCCAUUUGUGAACUUCACCUCGCUUUCAAUCCUUGAUUUUUCAUAUAAUUCCUUCAACUCAUCAAUACCCAAAUGGUUGUUUAACCUUACAAGCCUUACAAAACUUGAUCUCAGCAGCAAUUCUUUCAGUGGUGCCAUUCCCAGUGAAUUUGUGAACUCGAUGUCUCUAGAAAACCUUGAUUUGUCUAGUAAUCAGUAUCUUGGAGGCCAAAUACCAAGCUUUUCAGGAAAUCUCUCCGAGUUAAAAGUUUUAGACCUUUCCAGAAACAAUUUCAGUGGUUCGAUCCCAGCAUCCAUAGGAAGUUUGUCAUCAUUGCAAAAAAUGGACCUCUCUUUCAAUAGCAUGACAGGAACCAUUCCAGAAAGUUUUGGCCAACUCUCAAAGCUUGUCAAUCUUAAUCUCUGGAAUAAUUCUUGGGAAGGUGUUAUUACAGAAGUCCAGUUGAUGAAUCUCACAAGACUAGAACAAGUCGUGCUAGGAACAACCAAAAUCAAGCCCUUGAUUUUCAAUGUGACUUAUGAAUGGAUACCCCCUUUCAGACUAAAGUCACUAUAUUUGGAAAAUUGCCAAGUAGGUCCCAGAUUUCCGAUGUGGCUUCAAGUUCAAAGUGAAUUCACCAGUGUGUACCUAAAAAAUGUUGGGAUUGAAGACAUCAUACCUGUGGAAUGGUUCUCCACGAUAGCUUCUCAACUUACCUAUUUGGACCUCUCUAACAAUGGAAUCAAGGGGACUUUGCCGCACCAGUUAGAAUCUCCAAAUACAAGUUUUAUCGACUUGAGUCAUAAUCAUUUUGAGGGACCUCUCCCACUUUGGUCUACUAAUGCCUUUCACUUUUCUCUUCAAAGCAAUUUAUUUUCUGGGCCAAUUCCAUCAAAUAUUGAUGAAUUAAUGCCGCAAUUGAAAAAUCUGCAUUUGUCAGAGAACCGACUCAAUGGUACGAUCCCAUCAUCGAUAUGUACAAUGAAGAGCUUAAAAGUACUUUCCCUUAAGUCCAAUCAAUUAUCCGGGGAGCUCCCUCAGUGUUGGAAUGAAUCUCAAUCCUUGUGGGCCGUGGAUGUGGCAAACAAUAGGUUAUCUGGUAAUAUUCCAAGGUCAAUGGGUUUUUUAAGUACUCUCAAUAUAUUAAAGUUGAGUAAUAAUAGUCUAGAAGGAGAAAUUCCUCCUUCCUUGCAGAAUUGCUCAAACUUAAUGAGCAUUGAUCUUGGAGACAAUAGAUUAUCGGGAAACCUACCCUUGUGGAUAGGAGAGAAUGCAUCAUUCUUUUGGAUUAUUCGCUUGCGGUCUAACUCAUUCAGCGGAAACAUCCCUCGAAAAUGGUGCAAUCUUCCAUCUGUUCACCUCCUAGAUCUUGCACACAACAAUCUUACAGGUGUUAUUCCAAACUGUUUGGACAAUCUGACUUCUUUGGUUCACGGUAAUAGCAGCAGAAUAAAGCGCGAAUCUGUCACCCGCCAGUUCUACUACGGGGAACAAACAACUGUUGUGGCAAAAGGAAGAGAACUUGAAUAUUGCAGCACUCUUGAAUAUGUCAAUAGUAUUGAUCUUUCAGGAAAUAGCCUAGUGGGUGAAAUCCCUGAAGAGAUAACAAGCCUCACUGCGUUGGGCACCUUAAAUUUGUCAAUGAAUCAUCUCGACGGACACAUCCCAAAGAAUAUUGGAAACUUGCGAUUGUUGGAGACCUUCGAUGUUUCAAACAACAAUCUUUCAGGACGGAUUCCACAAAGCUUGUCAUCUUUGACCUUCUUGUCUCACUUAAACCUGUCUCAUAACAACUUGACAGGGAGAAUUCCGUCGGGAAAUCAGCUCCAAACGCUCAAUGAUUUAUCUAUUUAUGAAGGUAACCCUUUACUCAUUCUCUGUGGCCUUCCUCUUCCAACCAAGUGUCCAGGUGAUGAUGAUAAAUCUACUGUACCUGCUCCCCGUGGAAGUUCAGAAGGCAUUUACAAUGAAAAUGAUUCGGAAAUGUUAUGGUUCUAUGUUAGCAUGGGAUUGGGAUUCAUUGUUGGGCUUUGUGGUGUUUGCUGCACUUUGCUGAUGAAAGAAUCAUGGAGAAAAGCGUAUUUUCGAUUUGUAAGGAUAUGAUAGCUAAUAUAUCCGUAUCAGAUGUGGUUCUCGUCUAAAGAAAUAAGGUCGGAAAGAAACUGUGUGUGUGGAUUCGUAAUGUUGUAGCUAUGUGGUUCAUGGUCCUCAUGGAUAACUAGCAGUGUUCAUAUAUUAUGUUCUUGUUCUGUACUUUGUCAUGCAUUAUAUAUUAUGAUCUUUUUUCCCCGUUUCUCUUUAUGGUAUUAAAAG